AUGCUCCUCGACGAAGAUCCCGCAGCCCUCAUCGCAUCCUGCGCCGCAAACUUCAACAUAGCUCCCGACCGCGCUUCCUUGACACGCAUCUCCUCCUCCCUAAGCUCGCUACAACAGUUCCGACAACAUAACCUCUCCCAGCUUUCGUCCACGCUCGCCCAGUUCUCGCGGCAGCUGUCGAACCUACAAUCGCAGCACUCGCUCAUCGUCUCGUCGCACAACGCUGCCGAUCAUGCGAGCGAAAUCUUGAGGCUGGACACCGAGAAGUUCAGGAUUGCAAAGCAGGCCAGUGAGGCCGAGAUCGAGGUUGAAAGACUCGAAGCGGAACUUGAUGGUUUGAGGGGCCAGCUUGGGGAUAUGGAAGCCCAGGGAGUUGAGAACGCUGCAGAGGCGCAGCGAAGCGCGGGUUUGGCAGAAGACGAGGUUUUGCUGAAGCUCAAGGUUUACCGCUCACUGGGCAUUGACGUUGAACAGGACCAGGGCACGGGCAGAUACAGCAAGGCCGUGAUCCGGAAUACGCAGAAAGGCGACGUGCACGUGGUCAAUAUUGAUCCAAAGUUCUCGCAGUUCUUUUACGCCAACUGGUUCUGGCAGACAAUGUAG